GCCGGGGCUGCAGUCGCGCUCGGCGGGUCGGAGCGCUGGCGCUGUCCGGACGCCGCGCGGGCCCCGCCAGCGCAGGGCACUCGGAGCGGGGGGCUGCGCGCCUCGCUGUCCCCGCCCGAUGUCGCCGCCCGGCUGCUGAUCGCGUCGCCCCGCUGAUCCCGCGCGGGUGUGGGACAGUGGUGGUCCCGGCAGAGGCAGGAAGCCUCCUUCGCAAAGCGGGAAUGGAGGUAAAUUGUUUAACACUAAAAGACUUGAUCAACCCCAGGCAGCCCGGACUAGAUUUUGCAAUUGAAGAUGGGGAAAAUGCACAGAAGGAAAAUAUAUUUGUUGAUCGGUCAAGAAUGGCCCCGAAGACUCCAAUAAAAAGUGAACCAAUUGAUUUAUCAAAGCAAAAAAUCUUCACUCCAGAAAGAAAUCCCAUAACUCCAGUGAAGCUUGUCGACAGACAGCAGGCAGAACCAUGGACACCCACAGCUAACCUGAAGAUACUCAUUAGUGCUGCCAGCCCCGACAUAAGAGACCGGGAGAAGAAAAAGGGACUGUUCAGACCCAUUGAGAACAAGGACGAUGCAUUUACAGACUCUCUGCAGCUUGAUGUUGUUGGGGACAGUGCUGUGGACGAAUUUGAAAAGCAAAGGCCAAGCAGAAAACAGAAAAGUUUAGGACUCCUGUGCCAGAAGUUUCUAGCUCGCUAUCCAAGUUAUCCCUUGUCAACUGAGAAAACUACCAUCUCCCUAGAUGAAGUUGCUGUCAGUCUUGGAGUUGAAAGGAGACGCAUCUAUGACAUCGUAAACGUGCUGGAGUCUCUGCAUCUGGUCAGUCGGGUGGCCAAAAAUCAAUAUGGCUGGCAUGGACGGCACAGCCUGCCCAAAACCUUGAGGAACCUCCAGAGACUAGGAGAGGAGCAGAAAUAUGAAGAGCAGAUGGCACACUUCCAACAGAAAGAGCUCGACCUGAUGGAUUAUAAAUUUGGAGAACGUAAAAAAGAUGGCUAUUCAGAUUCCCAAGAUCAACAGUUAUUGGAUUUCUCUGAACCCGACUAUCCCUCUUCAUCUGCAAACAGUAGAAAAGACAAGUCUCUGAGAAUUAUGAGCCAGAAGUUUGUCAUGCUGUUCCUCGUCUCCAAAACUAAGAUUGUUACUCUUGAUGUGGCUGCCAAAAUACUGAUAGAAGAAAGCCAAGACACCCCGGACCAUAGUAAAUUUAAAACAAAGGUACGCCGCCUCUAUGACAUAGCCAAUGUUCUGACCAGCUUGGCUCUGAUAAAGAAAGUGCAUGUAACAGAAGAGCGGGGCCGUAAGCCAGCCUUCAAAUGGAUUGGGCCUGUGGACUUCAGUUCUGGUGAUGAAGAACGAGUGGAUGUUUCUGCAUCUGUCUUACCAGAAUUGAAAAGAGAAACAUAUGGCCAGAUUCAAGUCUGUGCAAAACAGAGGCUGGCUCGACAUGGUUCCUUUAACACAGUUGAGGCUUCUGAGAGGAUCCAGAGGAAGGUGAACUCGGAACCCAGCAGCCCUUACAGAGAAGAACCAGGAUCAGGUGGCUACUCCUUAGAAAUUGGAAGUCUGGCAGCAGUUUACCGACAGAAAAUAGAAGACAAUUCACAGGGGAAAGCCUUUGCCAGUAAGAAAGUGACACCUCUAUCUAGCAGCCUGGACCCUGCUGCUCCUUUCCCUGUCCUCUCUGUUGACUCAGAAUAUUGUGUGAGUCCUUUGGCCCACCAGGUAUUCUCUGUGGCUCAAAGGGACUUGCAGGCCUUCUCCGUGCAGAAUGGUCUGAAUGGACCAGCAGGCAUUGUCUCACGGGCUUCUGCGGCCUCGGAUGUGGAGAGCCUGAAGCCAGCCCUGCUGGCCGGCCAGCCCAUGGUGUACGUGCCCUCCACCUCACUGUUCAUGCUGUAUGGGAGCCUACAGGAGGGACUGUCCUCAGAGUCUGCAUCAGAGAGGGACAGCAGAAGCUCGGAAGUCACAGCAGCAGCAGAGCAGUCAUCAACACCCUCAGUUCAGAAGCGCCUCAGUGAGGAGAGGAAGCCCCAGGAGGAGGAGGAGCCAGCCACUAAAAGACAAAGUAGGGACUAUGAAGACGGCCCUCUGUCCCUUGUCAUGCCCAAGAAACCCUCAGAUUCCACAGACAUGGCCUCUCCCAAGACCGUGGGUAACGGGGGGUCUAUGCCCCUUGAAGACAUUCAGAGAAAUGGCCAACUCCCUGCUGGAAAGGAGGUUUUGGGAAAGGCUACAGCAAACUGCUUCGUUUCUUCUGAGUGGGGAAAUCCUUCCAGAAAUACAGAGAUUGAAAAGCCUUCAAAAGAAAAUGAAAGCACCAAAGAGCCCUCUCUGCUGCAGUAUCUAUAUGUGCAGUCGCCGGCCGGAUUCAAUGGUUUCAAUGUGCUCUUAUCUGGCAGUCAGCACCCCCAUGCCGUGGGACCCUCUUCAGGUCAGCUGCCGUCCCUCAGUGUUCCUUGCAUGGUCUUACCACCUCCGACGCUGGGCCCUUUUCCUGUUCUCUGUUCUCCCACAAUGCCUGGACCAGUGUCCUCUGCCCUUGGCGCUCUCCCAAACUCGGGACCUGUGAAUUUUGGCCUGCCUGGCCUCGGAUCAACAGCUCACCUUCUCAUCAGCCCUGCAGCCAUGGUUAAUCCAAACUCCUCAACACUCCCCUCCACAGACCCUCAGCUUCAGGGUCCACACUCACUUAACCUGAGUCCAGUGAUGUCAAGAUCACACGUCAUCCAGCCUGAAUCCCCCGUUUACGGGGGACAUCCAGUCUCUGCAGUAAAAUUACAACAGUCACCAGCUCCAGUGACCCCCAAGAGCAUCCGACGCACACAUCGUGAGACAUUUUUCAAGACCCCUGGCAGCCUUGGAGACCCUGUCCUUAGGAGAAGAGAAAGAAAUCAGUCACGAAACACCAGCUCGGCACAGAGGAGACUCGAAAUACCCAGCGGCGGGGCUGACUAACCUGACACUGCCAGGCGGGGUGGGAGCAAACCACCCGA